GGUUGCCAUGGCGACGCCCUUCGCUGUUGUGGUUCCGGGGAGGAAGGAGGUCGGCGUGUGGUCCGUUGGUCGCCCUCGGAACUCCCGGCCUCAAGAGCGGGUCCCGGCGGCCCCAUGGCGCAGCGGCGGCUGGCUGAGGCCCUUCAGCUCUCGCGUGACCUAGUGAUCGUGGAGUGCAGCCCGGACCAGGCAGAGUGGGCGGAGGAGGGGUCCUGUCCCCCCCCCAGCCUGACUGCGCCACACCGAGUCCCGCUCAGCAGGGACAGCCAUGGCGUCUACAGCCUCUGUUUUGCCCCGGAUGGGGGCCAGCUUGCAACUGGCUUUGGAAAUGGAGCAGUGCAGCUGGUGGAUGCGUUGACCGGCCUGCCAGGCCCCUCCUUGUGCCCGGGGCACCACGUGCGCCACGCCAUCACAGCUGUGAGCUUCCAUCGGCUGAAGCCAGGGCUGCUGAUGGCUGCCGGAGCAGACGGCACCAUCUCCAUCUACGACUUGCCCUCUCAGUAUCCUGUGGCCUCCUUGACAGAGAAGGAGAAUGAGAUCAAUGCUCUGGAUGUCUGCCGGGAUGGCAGCACCUUCGCUACUGCUGGCAAAGACCGGCACAUCCGGCUCUACGACAGCCAGACCAACCAGCUUUUCCACGUUAUGGAGGCCCCUGAUUUUAUGGCUGGCGAUGAGUUCACCCCCCGCAGCGGCCACUCCCGGCGGAUCUUUGCCUUGUGCUUCCAUCCCACGGAGCUGCAUCUCUUCCUGACUGGUGGCUGGGACAACUCUGUCAAAGUGUGGGACAAACGUGUGAGCAAAGGAGCACAGAGCAUGCUCAACGGGCCCCACAUCUGUGGCCCAGGCAUUGAUGUCCAGAGAGAUCAGGUCCUGACUGGUUCGUGGGUGCCCCACAACGCCCUGCAACUGUGGGACUUGCGCAUGGCUCGGCUGUGGCAAAACCUGCCCUUUCCUGGAAGCCCCACCCAGGGGGAAUUCCUUUACUCUGCCCGAUUCUGCUCAGCGAACGUGGUGAUGGCUGGGGGCAGUGGGACGUGCGGAGCCAGCCUUCUCCAUGUCGGCACAGGUGGUUGGGGGGAUCUACCUGCCGAACAAGCCUGUUCACGUGGUGGCCUCAGCACCUGGAGGACAGCUGGUCGCUGCGGCUGGUGCAGGAGGAAACCUGCACUUUGCAGAGCUGAGCUGAACCAAGGCUUCCAGUCAGAGGUUGGGGCUGCCCAGCAUGAACAGCCACACGCUUGCCCAGGCAAGGACUGGAGAGCGGCCAGUGCCGGUCAGUGGACUCUUCCCAGGGGCUCCAUGGGGCCUGCACCCCUUCCUGGCUCUGCUGAUCAUCUUGACUUUGCCCGAAGCUCUCUGUUGGCGCUCCCCUUCCGCUCUGCUCUGGGCCGCUCCCCACGUCCUGAGCACUUUCAAGUCAAGCUUAGGUGUGGGGUGGGUGGAGCUGGGGCUUUGCUUUCUCAUUAUUUAUGCAAUAAAACACAUUCUGCCUUGGGAAGAGUAGCAGGUGGGAUUUGUGACUUGAAACGGGGCACUGUGGAGAUUUCCAGCCAGGCUGGAGCACCUGAGAAAUCCAGGCCGAGUAAUUUUCAGGACAGCUCUUGGCACACGCUGCUCCAGUUGGGGGGGGGGGGGGGGGGGGCGGGGGGAUCCCAACAUCCCUCAGUUUUGCCUCUCUCCCCCCCACUUCUGUUCGUAGGCCACACAUCCUCUCAGGUCUCUGAGGGGACGGUGGUGUGGGGUGUCUUCAUACCAUUCUGGAGCUCUUGUGUGAGCGAGGUUUAAGAGUGUAUACCAUCACAAAGAUCUGGAAAGUGCUCAGGAGAAUAACUGGGCAUCCUGAAACUGUUUAAAAAUGGACUGUGAUUGUGGGAAUUUGGAGCCAUUUGUCUAACCUCAGAAGAGAGGGCAUCUGAAGUAGGGCCUCUGGAAAUAACCAGAGUGGACAGGUGGGAUCACGUGAGAGCAGUGGUUUCAGGUAUGCUGGCCCCACCCCACCUCAGGCCUUCAGAGCCAAUACCGGCGUCCUGAAAGAGAAUGGGGAGCCAAUGUAGAUGGAGCCAGACUGGCGUGAUAUAGCCAGCCUUCGGUGCCAUUUACAGAUUCCGUGCUGUCUUGAAGGGCAGCCUCACAUAAGGCACAUUGCAGGUUCUUUGGAACAGGGGAAAAACGGAACUCUUUAAUAAUGUAUUAUCAUCAAAGACAUGGCAUAUUGUUCAUUUAUUUAAUCAUACUUAAAUAUCACUGUCCCUUGCCUGACAGGGCAUUAAUUGUUGUACAUGUCGAAUAUAUAUAUCAAAAUAA